CUUCUUUCCUGCGCGCGCAGCUUCGCGCAGACCCGGAAGCGGACCGUGUGGAGUGACUGUCCCACCGCCGCGGGAUUGACUUCUAAAGACUCUUGGUACGUGAGGAAGAAACCUGGAAGAGGAAGAGGAAAGCAAAGGAGUCAGGGAUGGCUCUUCCUCAGGGUCUAUUGACAUUCAGGGACGUGGCCAUAGAAUUCUCUCAGGAGGAGUGGAAAUGCCUGGACCCUGCUCAGAGGACUCUAUACAGGGAUGUGAUGUUGGAGAAUUAUAGGAACCUGGUCUCCCUGGAUAUCUCUUCCAAAUGCAUGAUGAAGGAGUUCUCGUCAACAGCACAAGGCAAUAGAGAAGUGUUCCAUGCAGGGACAUCUCAAAGACAUGAAAGUCAUCACAAUGGAGAUUUUUGUUUCCAGGAUAUUGAUAAAGAUAUUCAUGACAUUGAGUUUCAGUGGCAAGAAGAUGAAAGAAAUGGCCAUGAAGCACUCAUGACAAAAAUCAAAAAGUUGACAGGUAGUACAGAGCGAUAUGAUCAAAAUUAUGCUGGAAACAAGCCUGUUAAAUAUCAGCUUGGAUUCAGCUUUCAUUUGCAUCUGCCUGAACUGCACAUAUUUCACACUGAAGAGAAAAUUGAUAAUCAAGUUGUGAAGUCUAUCCACGAUGCUUCCUUGGUUUCAACAGCCCAAAGAAUUUCUUGUAGGCCUGAAACCCAUAUUUCUAAUGACUAUGGGAAUAAUUUCCUGAAUUCUUCAUUAUUCACACAAAAACAGGAAGUACAUAUGAGAGAAAAAUCUUUCCAAUGCAAUGACAGUGGCAAAGCCUAUAAUUGUAGCUCACUCUUAAGGAAACAUCAGUUAAUCCAUUUAGGAGAGAAACAAUAUAAAUGUGAUAUAUGUGGCAAGGUCUUUAAUUCGAAGCGAUACGUUGCACGCCAUCGUAGAUGUCACACUGGUGAGAAACCUUACAAGUGUAAUGAGUGUGGCAAGACCUUCAGUCAGACAUAUUACCUAACAUGCCAUCGUAGACUUCAUACUGGAGAGAAACCUUACAAAUGUGAAGAAUGUGACAAAGCUUUCCAUUUCAAAUCAAAGCUUCAAAUACAUAGGAGAAUUCAUACUGGAGAGAAACCGUACAAGUGUAAUGAGUGUGGCAAGACCUUUAGUCAGAAGUCGUACCUUACAUGCCAUCGUAGGCUUCAUACUGGAGAGAAACCUUACAAGUGUAAUGAGUGUGGCAAGACCUUUAGUCGGAAGUCACAUUUUACAUGCCAUCAUAGAGUUCAUACUGGAGAGAAACCUUACAAGUGUAAUGAGUGUGGCAAGACCUUUAGUCACAAGUCAUCUCUUACAUACCAUCGUAGACUUCAUACUGAAGAGAAACCUUACAAGUGUAAUGAGUGUGGCAAGACCUUCAAUCAGCAGUUAACCCUUAACAUUUGUAGACUUCAUAGUGGAGAGAAACCUUACAAAUGUGAAGAAUGUGACAAAGCUUACAGUUUCAAAUCAAACCUUGAAAGACAUAGGAGAAUUUAUACCGGAGAGAACUACACGUGUAAUGAGUGUGGUAAGACCUUCAAUCAGGAGUUAACCCUUACAUGCCAUCGUAGGCUUCAUAGUGGAGAGAAACCUUACAAAUAUGAAGAACUUGACAAAGCUUACAAUUUCAAAUCAAACCUUGAAAUACAUCAGAAAAUUCGUACUGAAGAGACUUACAAGUGUAAUGAGUGUGGCAAGACCUUGAGUCAUACGUCAUCCUUUGUGUACCAUCGUAAACUUCAUAGUGGAGAGAAACCUUACAAAUGUGAAGAAUGUGAAGAAGCUUUCUGUUUCAAAUCCAACCUUGAAAGACAUAGGAGAAUUCACACUGGUGAGAAACCUUACAGGUGUAAUGAGUGUGGCAAGACCUUCAGCCAGACCUCAUCCCUUACAUGCCAUCAUAGACUUCAUACUGGAGAGAAACCUCACAAAUGUGAAGAAUUUGACAAAGUUUUCCAUUUCAAAUCAAACCUUGAAAGACAAAGGAGAAUUCAUACUGGAGAGAAACCAUACAAGUGUAAUGAGUGUGGCAAGACCUUUAGUCAGAACUCAUACCUUACACGCCAUCGUAGACUUCAUACUGGAGUACCUUACAAAUGUAAUGAGUGUGGCAAGACCUUUAGUCAGAACUCAUACCUUACAUGCCAUCAUAGACCAUACUGGAGAGGUACCUUAAAAGUGUAGUGAGUGUGGCAAGACCUUUAGUCUGAAGUCAUACCUUACGCACCAUCGUAGACUUCAUACUGGAGAGGUACCUUACAAGGAUAAUGAGUGUAGAAAAACCUUUCAUGGGCAGUCAGCAUUUUACAAAUGUAAUGAUUGUCACCAAGU